AUGCCUUCUGGAGAAGCAUUCGACUUGUACAGCAACCCCAAUGCCACAAAUUUUGUGAGCAUGAGGAAAGAAAGCAGGCGACACCCUAGGGAAAGCAGUAGUGACCCCUCCAUGAAAAGGGCUCGGAUCGAGGAUCCUCCUGCACCACAACCUUCCAAGGAUACGACUCCUCCUCCGGCUCCUGUAGACCCGACUCCUCCAGCUCCCGUAGACCCGACUCCUCUAGCUCCUUGCAACCUAAGUCCUCCUGCUCAGCCAGGAAAGACUUGGACCGAAGCUAUCUUGAGCAUAGCAUACAACUCGGCUAACGACAAACUGAAGAAAUUGUCGAGACACCGGCGUAGGCAGGAAACCUUCAGCAACGUCUCUACCAUGAAGGUCGACCAAAUUUUCAGCCGCACGCUGAAUGAAGUACUCAGUGGAGUUUUGACCAUGAGUACUGGUUGGCGUUGCUUGGAGGAGAUGGUUGCCAAUCAUGCUGAAGAGAUUAAGACUGUCGAGGAAAGACUUGUCGAGCAACUCAAGGCGGCCGAGGCCAGACACGCUGAGCAGCUCAAGGCGGUCGAGGCCAAUCAUACUGAGCAGCUAAGAGCGGCUGAGGAGAAAAAUUCCAAACUGGGCGAGGAGCUAAAGAACCACAAGGAGGCCUUGGUCAAAGUCACUAAGGCCAAAGAGAGGUAUAAGGAGGCUUCAGUGAUUGUUGACGAGCAUUUCGCCAUGCCUGAAGUUGUUGGGUCGAAGGCGGAUGCAUUCCUCAAGGCUAACCCUGCCGAGAAAAUGGCUACAUACCUAUUCACCGUGGACAAACUUAACUUUCACAAGCUGUCCCCGGUUUCGGAUCCCGGGUUGUUGUGGAGUAUUCUUGGAUCAAAGAAGAAGAAGGCUGCUUCGGCUGAACAUCGCUCGGACGAGGGUGAGGCUGAACGUGUGCCAGAGGGGGUCUCCCUUGGACAUGGGCAACCCCACCAACCGUCUUCGUCUCCCGUGGGAUGCCCUCCUUUAGCCCCUACAGACCCUGACAUGGCCUCCCACUCCCAGGAUCAACAUGCCAUGCCAGGGUAUUUCAUCUGUCCUUAUUCUGAGGACUUUGAUGCUUUUCCUCAAGCUUCCCUUGACCCUGGUCCAUCGAGGGGUCACUUUUCUGAUCUUCCUGUGCCCCCUCCUAGUCCAUCGGGAGCUCAUUUUUCCGAUCCUCCUGCGCCCCCUCCUCCUUCGACGAGCGGGUCGUCUGUCCUUACUCAACCAAGCGCCAUUGGCUCAGAAGGGGCGCCUUGGGUGGGCCGCAUGGCGGCCUCUUAA